AUGGACCAACGCCAUGACGCCAUGGACCAACGCCAUGACGCCAUGGACCAACGCCAUGACGCCAUGGACCAACGCCAUGACGCCAUGGACCAACGCCAUGACGCCAUGGACCAACGCCAUGACGCCAUGGACCAACGCCAUGACCCAUGGACCAGCGCCAUGACGCCAUGGACCAACGCCAUGACGCCAUGGACCAACGCCAUGACGCCAUGGACCAGCGCCAUGACGCCAUGGACCAACGCCAUGACGCCAUGGACCAGCGCCAUGACGCCAUGGACCAACGCCAUGACGCCAUGGACCAGCGCCAUGACGCCAUGGACCAACGCCAUGACGCCAUGGACCAACGCCAUGACGCCAUGGACCAACGCCAUGACGCCAUGGACCAGCGCCAUGACGCCAUGGACCAACGCCAUGACGCCAUGGACCAGCGCCAAGACGCCAUGGACCAACGCCAUGACGCCAUGGACCAACGCCAUGACGCCAUGGACCAACGCCAUGACGCCAUGGACCAACGCCAUGACGCCAUGGACCAACGCUGCUGCUGCUGCUGCUGGGAGGGUGGGCGAGGACUGCCAUUGCGCCAUGGACUGCCAUAGCGCCAUGGACUGCCAUAGCGCCAUGGACUGCCAUAGCGCCAUGGACUGCCAUAGCGCCAUGGACUGCCAUAGCGCCAUGGACUGCCAUAGAUUAACGCCCUGCACAUCGCUGCUUCUCGAAUUGCUGCUUUUCCACUUGCCGCUUCUCCAACACAGCAGCACCGCUCCAACACAGCAGCACCGCUUCCAACACAGCAGCACCGCCUCCAACACAGCAGCACCGCUCCAACACAGCAGCACUGCCUCCAACACAGCAGCACCGACUCCAACACAGCAGCACCGCUCCAACACAGCAGCACCGCCUCCAACACAGCAGCACCGCCUCCAACACAGCAGCACCACUCCAACACAGCAGCACCGCCUCCAACACAGCAGCACUGACUCCAACACAGCAGCACCGCUCCAACACAGCAGCACCGCCUCCAACACAGCAGCACCGACUCCAACACAGCAGCACCGCUCCAACACAGCAGCACCGCCUCCAACACAGCAGCACCGCCUCCAACACAGCAGCACCGCUCCAACACAGCAGCACCGCCUCCAACACAGCAGCACCGCUCCAACACAGCAGCACCGCUCCAAAACAGCAGCACCAUUCCAUCGCAGCAGCAGCACCACUCCACCUCCAACGCCACACCAACGCCAGCCAGCCAUCCUCUCGCCAGCAGCAAGCUUAUAUCGCCUCUGCUCCUGCACGGACAGUUGA